CAGCGCUGUCUUUUUAGUACCACGUGCGCAGGCAAGUGAUGGCGGCGCUGGUUGUGUUCGGGGCAGCGGAGCAGGGCGGCCGAAACGGCCCUGGCAGAGUUCGGGCCCCUCGGGGCCGCGUGGCCAAUCAGAUCCCCCCUGAGAUCCUGAAGAACCCCCAGCUGCAGGCAGCAAUCCAGGUCCUGCCUUCCAACUACAACUUUGAGAUCCCCAAGACCAUCUGGAGGAUCCAACAAGCCCAGGCCAAGAAGGUGGCCUUGCAAAUGCCGGAAGGCCUCCUCCUCUUUGCCUGUACCAUUGUGGAUAUCUUGGAAAGGUUCACGGAGGCUGAAGUGAUGGUGAUGGGUGACGUGACCUAUGGGGCUUGCUGUGUGGAUGACUUCACGGCGAGGGCCCUGGGAGCUGACUUCUUGGUGCACUACGGCCACAGUUGCCUGGUUCCCAUGGACACCUCGGCCCAAGACUUCCGGGUGCUGUACGUCUUUGUGGACAUCCGGAUAGACACUACCCACCUCCUGGACUCUCUCCGCCUCACCUUUCCCCCAGCCACUGCCCUUGCCCUGGUCAGCACCAUUCAGUUUGUGUCGACCUUGCAGGCAGCCGCCCAGGAGCUGAAAGCUGAGUACCGUGUGAGUGUCCCACAGUGCAAGCCCCUGUCCCCUGGAGAGAUUCUGGGCUGCACAUCCCCCCGACUGCCCGAAGAGGUGGAGGCCGUUGUGUAUCUUGGAGAUGGCCGCUUCCAUCUGGAGUCUGUCAUGAUUGCCAACCCCAAUGUCCCUGCUUACCGGUAUGACCCGUACAGCAAAGUCCUGUCCAGAGAGCACUAUGACCACCAGCGCAUGCAGGCUGCUCGCCAGGAAGCCAUAGCCACCGCCCGCUCCGCUAAGUCCUGGGGCCUUAUUCUGGGCACUCUGGGCCGCCAGGGCAGUCCUAAGAUCCUGGAGCACCUGGAAUCUCGACUCCGAGCCUUGGGCCUUUCCUUCGUGAGGCUGCUGCUCUCUGAGAUCUUCCCCAGCAAGCUUGGCCUACUUCCCGAGGUGGAUGUGUGGGUGCAGGUGGCAUGUCCACGCCUCUCCAUUGACUGGGGCACAGCCUUCCCCAAGCCGCUGCUGACACCCUAUGAGGCGGCCGUGGCUCUGAGGGACAUUUCCUGGCAGCAGCCCUACCCGAUGGACUUCUACGCUGGCAGCUCCUUGGGGCCCUGGACGGUGAACCACGGCCUGGACCGGCGUCCCCAGACCCCGGGCCGACCCGCGCGGGGGAAGGUGCAGGAGCGGUCCACGCAUCCCCCUUCAGCCGUGGCUUGCGAGGACUGCAGCUGCAGAGACAAGAAGGUGGCGCCGCUUGCUCCUUGACAAGCUCCGGGGCCUCAGGGUCCUGUCCUCCAGAGGAGCAGCCUCGAGGCUGGUGGUUUUCAGAGCAGGAGGCGGACGUUUUCUCUGCAUUGGAAGAGCCCGCCGUAUGCAGGGGCCUGGAGGAAUCCCUGGGGAUGGUGGCGCAGGCACUCAGCAGGCUGGGGCCUUUUGACGGCCUUCUUGGUUUCAGCCAGGGGGCUGCGCUAGCAGCCUUUAUAUGUGCCCUGGGCCAGGCAGGCGAUCCCCGCUUCCCCUUGCCACGGUUUAUCAUCUUGGUAUCUGGUUUCUGUCCCCGGGGCCUUGGGUUCAAGGAAUCCAUCCUGCAAAGGCCCUUGUCAUUGCCUUCACU